GCUAGUCUGCUUUAAUGACCAGGAAAAUUCCGUCAUGCGCCUAUAGUCGAAGACUUGAGAAUUGAGAUCACUUGACUUUGCAUGAUCUGGCGGGCUCGCCUAGGGUAACAUGAAUGACUCGGAAGAAGGAUAUCUGUGGUGUCUGGCGACGUAAUCAAUACCGAUACUGUCAGGCUAUCAGUUAUAUUUGCUUGGUCAGAAGAGUCGUGGUGUAGUAGUAUUUCAUCGAGACUGCACCCCUGGGUUUACUGCAACUAUAYCUCGCGUCCAGUUGUUGAUUCGCUGUAUGUAUUGUUGUCAUGAGUGAAUAUAAACGUGCGUGAGUGACCAGGCGCAGUUCUGUCUGCAGGCAUGGAUAAUACUAUUGGAGUCUCGUUUUUGGACCCGUUGAAUGAUUACGAGUUAAUUCAUCGUAUUGGGAGUGGCACGUACGGAGAUGUGUUCAAGGCUCGCAAYAUCAAGAGUUCGGCAAUGGCAGCCAUCAAAAUAGUUAAACUGGAUCCUGGUGAUGACAUCACAUCCAUCCAGCAGGAGAUCACUAUGAUGAAGGAAUGCAAGCACAAGAACAUUGUGGCCUAUUUCGGCAGCUAUCACAGAAACACUAAAUUGUGGAUAUGUAUGGAGUACUGUGGAGGGGGGUCGUUACAAGACAUUUACCACGUGACUGGGCCCUUAAAGGAGAAGCAGAUAGCCUACAUCUGCAGAGAAACCCUCCAGGGCUUAUACCACCUGCACGAAACAAGUAAAAUGCAUAGAGACAUAAAGGGAGCAAAUAUUCUUAUCACAAAACGAGGAGAUGUCAAACUGGCCGAUUUUGGAGUUGCUGCAGAGAUCAGUGCUUCUGUAGCCAAGAGGAAGUCUUUUAUAGGAACUCCCUACUGGAUGGCACCGGAGGUGGCAGCAGUGGAGAAAAAGGGCGGCUACAACCAUCUGUGUGACAUCUGGGCGGUGGGCAUCACGGCCAUUGAGCUGGCAGAGCUCCAGCCACCCAUGUUUGACCUCCACCCUAUGAGAGCCUUGAUGUUAAUGUCGAAGAGCAGCUUCCAGCCACCCAGGCUCAAGGACAAGACCAAGUGGUCUGCGGGGUUCCAGAGCUUUGUGAAGAUGUCCCUCAUUAAGAACCCCAGAAAGAGACCGUCGUCUGAGACCUUACUGCAGCAUCCGUUUGUGACCCAGCUACUGACUCGUAACCUGAUCAUUGAGCUGCUGGACAUGGCCAACAACCCGGACCUCCACUCCACACACGGCAUGGAUGAUAACGACCUGGAGAAUGGAGAAGCUGCUCCUGAUAAGAUCCAGUCUGCAGGGAAACACCUGCCUGUGGAGAGGACUCUGUCUGAAGAGCAGUUUGACCAAAUGAAGUUUGGGCCACCGUUGAGGAAAGUCACAGAGCCUUAUCCUGAUWUGCAAAGCUCGUAUGAAGACGAUUGGGACCUCUCAGAAGAUGAAACUGAAUCACCGAGCCUGUUAGAAUGUGUGGAGGAGGCUCUGCAGCUGAGGAGCUUAACCAUCAAAAGAGUGCCAUCUACUGACGGGGGUAAAGGUGGGAGGAAGAGUGGGUUAUUCAGCCCUUCCACAGCCUCCCUGCCUGCCAUCGGCUCCUUCUGUCCCACCCUGGAGGACAAGGACCUCACCCUCCGCCCCAGCUCCACCCUGGGGCCCGACUCCACACCCAACAACUCCAUGUCAGUCUUGGCCAGGUGUUCUGCUACCCAGGACAUCAGCAGACAGUGGUGCAGUGACCCCAGUGUUUCUGAGGGGAGCGCCGUGCAGGCKGAGAAGAAGACCGGGGGAGUGGCCUCUCCGAGCAGGGAAACCUCUCUCUCUCCAGAGUGGAGCACACUGAGGAGAAAGACAGAGGACUCGAGAGCUGAUUGUCAUGGACUCCCUCCUACCCCUCAAGUCCAUAUGGGUGCCUGUUUCUCYAAAGUCUUCAAUGGUUGUCCUCUGAAGAUCCACUGUGCUGUGACCUGGAUCCUCCCUAAAACCAGAGAUCAGUACCUUAUUCUGGGUGCAGAGGAGGGUGUAUAUACUCUCAACCUCAACGAGCUCCACGAGGACACUCUGGAGAAGUUGCUCCCACAGAGAUGUGCCUGGCUGUAUGUCAUGAACAACGUUUUGAUGUCCGUAUCAGGGAAGUCUUCCCAGCUGUACUCCCACAGUCUGAUGUCUCUGUUUGAACAGAGAGGUCACAAGCAGCAGAAACAGAGUCUGUCCCUCAGUACCAACCGCCUCACUGAGAGGAUCAACCCCAGUUUGUCUAUCAGCAGGAAAUAUGCUGUAACUGUGAAGAUACCAGACACUAAAAGCUGUCGAAGAUGCAGUGUGGCAAGGAACCCAUACACAGACAGCACGUUCCUGUGUGGGGCUGUACCGUCAGGUCUAGUUCUACUCUUGUGGUAUGACCCCAUGCAGAAAUUUAUGCAGCUCAAGCAYAUAGACAUACGUCUACCAGAUCCGCUCCCUAUCUUUGAGCUACUGGUGUUAGUGACAGAUGAGUUUCCACAGUUGUGUGUUGGUGUGAGAGACUGCACUGCAGAGAAAGGGAAACCGCCAACCAACCAGCAACUGAAGUUUGAUAUCGUAGAGUUGAACGGCACACCAAACUCUUCACCAGAGAGUAUGCCUGUCGGAGCCGGACCUGGAGCCGUGCAGGCGACACAGCUGGACAGAGACACGGUUCUCAUUGCACUGGAGAAGACUGUGAAGAUUGUCACCCUACAAGGGCUUCCUUCCAAGGAGCUGGCUUUUGAACUGGUCUUUGACUUCCCCAUUGAAACACUAAUUUGUUUACAGGACAGUGUUCUGGCUUUCUGGAAGCAUGGUCUUAAAGGGAGGAGUCUUCACACAAAUGAGGUCACGCAGGAGAUCASAGACGAAAGCAGAGUAUUCCGGGUCUUGGGGACGAACAGGGAUAUUGUCCUUCAGAGUACCCCCACAGAGGACCCAUCAGCAAUGAGCAAUCUCUAUAUCCUGACUGGCCAUGAAAGCAGCUACUAAGAAAAGACAGAGAAAAAGGACUGAGGAAGGAAGGAAAGAAGAGAAAGCUAUAUUAAAGGAAGAAGUGAAAAAGAGUGUGUCCCAGAGAUGGGCAGCUUUUAUUGUGUGAAGAAAGGAGGCACUACAGGCCACUGGCUCUUCCCUGGCACCUAAUAAACUCGAACCAGCCCCCUGGCACCUAAUAAACUGGAACGAGCCCCCUCAGUGUAGACUUGUCUCAAACUGAUGUAACCCCCUGUACCUGCAUACUGGGAACUGACAGACCAUAUGAGACUCUCACACAAUUAGCCACAGGGAGAAAACUGAGCUGUCAUGUGUUCAAGGAAGAACUUGUUGAAAAAGACUUGUCAGAGAGAGCCCCCCCCCCCAAUUAUGACCCCUAACCCCUUGAAUGCGCACACACUACUUUUAACCUGGUUCCAACSCCAUUGUGUUUUCUUACUGGUGUGCCAUUGGAAAUACACUAACUGAUGWCUGAAGUCUGCAUUGUCUCCUGAUACAACAUUGUGAAGUGGAAACCAACUACAUCGGUGAACGGAAUACACUGCUAGACCACCAUGCUCUGUUCACUACCUGUAGUGGCAUAGGUGGCACCGCUCCCAGAUGUCAACAUAAACAGUUUUCACCUCAUAUGCUUGAAAAUAUGUCACCUAAAAUCAGAUUGCUAAUACAUUUUAAAAGUGCUUUGAAAGACUUUUCUGAGAUCAGAUAAAGACUUUUCCAGGAUUUAAAGUGUUUUCAAUGGAGAUCUCUGUUGAGCAUGCUUUUUAGGACAGGAUUGGGCUUAAUCUGCAUCUGGGGAAACCAGCCCGAAUGAAGUUGAAUUGUAUGAUGAAUUCCAAUAUUGUUCUGUUGUGUUUAGUCUCAAACCAGACAUGGUGUGUUUGCCACAAAGUAAGACUACGUUGCGUUUAAUGAUACUGGUUUGCUUUUGUUUGGUUGUGGAUGGGAGGGACUGGGCCCAAUGUAACACUCGUCAUCCCUGAAAGACACUUGAAGGAGAAUGCAUGUUGCUAUUUAAUUGUUUCUUUUAAGAAAAAAAUGUGAGAAUAUGGAUUUGAGAGUUUUUAUGUAUACUUUGUUGAACUUACGCCAAAACAUUGAAUUCCCAAUGAUAAAAUAAAACGUUUUGUUUUUUGUUUUUUUAAA